AAAAAACUAUUUUAAUUACCUGAUAAGUUUGAAAGUACUGAAAAAAAUUACUCCUCUGUCAGAAAGUUUAGAUGUAGAUUGAAAUGAUGUACAUCUAAAAGAGAAGCAAAUGAAAACUGCCAAGUGUGUACUUCAGCAAAAAGAAUGGCAUGAAUGGAAUUUACAAAACAAUACUAAUGUUACUAUAAACAUUAAUUGAAACCAAACACUUUAAGGGCGAUUGGAGGAUGGGAAUAAGGUAUUAGGAAGAGUUCUCAUGGAUUCCCAGACAGGGUACCCCUAUAGGGCUGGGCAUGUAGCUGUGUCCCAUGGAUCGUUUCCCCUUCGUUCUAUCCCAGGCUGGUACUUGUGGGACAAGAGGUGUCCACCCAGCCGGGCCGAGGCUCGGGCAGAGACGGGACAGACUCGCCACUCGCUUAGCACAGUCUUGUAGGACUUUCCCGCCAUGCCACAUAUGUCAGAGGCCCACGCAGCGAGCUCCUGCUGAAAACCAUCGCACCAUCCCCCCGGGGCAUUUCUGCAGUGUUCCAGGCUCUGGACUACAUUUCCCAGGGGCCGUCGGUGCCAAGGUUACUUCCAGCCUAAGAUGGCCUGGGCUUACUGUCCUGUUCCCAGGGCUGGGAGCCUUUUGCAGAGAUAGGGCAGCCUGCAUGCCUCCGCUGAAGCUUCCUAAACGCGGCCUGGAAUUCUGGAAGCUCUCGGCAGCAGAUGUGAGCGGUGUGUGGGCGAUGGUCUUUGCCCAGCAAGGGGAUGGGGCUCAAAUGCAGGGUCCGUUAAUGGUGACCGCGGUGUCCGGGGCAGUUAAAGACGGCCCAGGCUCCGGACUACAUUUCCCAGAGUGCACCGUUCCCCGGGCAACUUCCUGUCAGCACUCUGUCCCUUUAGGGAUAAUAGGGAGAUCGUGGAAUCUUCCACCAUCAAGGGACCGCAGGGCCGGGCUGGAGUGCAAUGCCAUGACCUCGAUCACGGGAACCUCCGCCUCCCAGGUUCAAGUGAUUCUCCUGCCUCAGCCUCCCGAGUAGCUGGGACUACAGAUGCGUGCCACCAUGCCCAGCUAAGUUUUCUAUUUUUAGUAGAGAUGGGGUUUCACCAUGUCGGCCAGGAUGGUCUUGAUCUCUUGACUUCGUGAUCCGCCUGCCUCGGCCUUCCAAAGUGCUGGGAUUACAGGCGUGAGCCACCGCGCCCAGCCGGUGUGUGUGUGUGUGUGUGUGUGUUUUAGGCUUGUCUUGCUGCAUUUGGUUGCAGCCCACAAUGCACUGCAAUCCUAGUUAGCUCAAGGGCUCUUCAAUAGUUGACUUAUGACCUAAGUAGCUGGGCAGGCUGAUAAAAGCAGACAAAACGAGCUAUUUUGCAGGCUAGCAAACUUUCAUCUUAGACUAAACUUCUUUGGUUUGGGUGAAGGCAACUAAGAGGGAAAGGGAGAAAGCGGGAGGCUGACAAGCAGGCAUCAUCUAUCCAAGCAGGGGCCUAGUAUAUCCUGUUUUCUUCUGUAGUUUGCUUACCUAAGCCAAUUCAAAGCAUUUUGUCUUGGAAAUGGACCACUGUAUACAUUAUUUCCUUCACUGAGUAUCUCUCAGAAAGAAGGAAGCUUAAGAUAGAAGGGGGGUCAAGGUAGACAGAAUGAUGGCCCUGCAACCAAUGUUUACUUCCUAAUCCCUGGAAACUAGGACGAUGCUACCUUAUAUGGCAAAAAGGACUUUGCAAAGGGGAUAAAGUUAAGAACCUUGAAAUGGGGGCGAUUAUCUUGUUGGACCAAUAUAAUGACAUGGGUCCUUAAAGUCAGUGAACCUUUCCUGGCUGAGUUUAAAGUCAGAGGGAGAUGUGACCGCAGAAGAAUGGUCAGAGAGAUGCCACAUUGCUGACUAGAUAGAGGAAGUGGGCCUUAAGCCAAGGAAUGUUGGUGGCCUCUAGAAGCUGGAAAACAUAAGAAAACGAAUUCUCCCCUGGAGCUUCCAGAAAGGAACACAGCCCUACCAACACCUUGAUUUUAGCCUGCUCUGCUUUCCCAGCACGCUGCCUCACCAAGAAAGAAUCCAGAGAAGGACUGGUGGACUUGGAAUGUUAAGUCAUGGCCCAUUUGCUGAUGUUCAGGGAUGUGGCUGUAGAUUUCUCUCAGGAGGAGUGGGAGUGCCUGGACCUGGAACAGAGGGAUUUAUAUAGAGAUGUGAUGUUGGAGAACUACAGCAACAUGGUCUCACUGGGUCUUUGCAUUUAUCAGCCAGAAGCAUUCUCUUUAUUGGAGAAAGGGAAAGAGCCCUGGAAGAUUUUGAGGGAUGAGACAAGAGGACCUUGCCCAGACAUGCAGUCGAGGUGUCAGACCAAGAAGUUAUUACCAAAAAAUGGCAUUUUUGAGAGAGAAAUAGCCCAAUUGGAAAUAAUGAGAAUUUGUAAAAACCACAGCCUUGAAUGUUUAUGUUUUAGAGGUGAUUGGGAAGGCAACACUCAGUUUCAAACACUUCAAGAUAAUCAAGAGGAAUGCUUCAAGCAGGUGAUACGCACCUGUGAAAAAAGGCCCACUUUUAACCAGCAUACAGUGUUUAAUCUACACCAGAGACUUAAUACAGGAGACAAACUGAAUGAAUUUAAAGAAUUGGGGAAAGCCUUUAUUUCUGGUUCAGAUCAUACUCAACAUCAGUUAAUUCACACAAGUGAGAAAUUCUGUGGAGAUAAAGAAUGUGGGAAUACCUUUCUUCCUGAUUCAGAAGUUAUUCAAUAUCAGACAGUUCACACUGUUAAGAAAACAUAUGAAUGUAAAGAAUGUGGGAAGUCUUUUAGUUUACGUUCGAGUCUUACUGGUCAUAAGAGAAUUCAUACUGGUGAGAAACCUUUUAAAUGUAAGGAUUGUGGGAAAGCCUUUAGAUUUCAUUCACAACUUAGUGUCCACAAGCGAAUUCAUACUGGUGAGAAAUCUUAUGAAUGUAAGGAAUGUGGGAAGGCCUUUAGUUGUGGCUCAGAUCUUACCCGACAUCAGAGAAUUCAUACUGGUGAAAAACCCUAUGAAUGUAAUGAAUGUAGAAAGGCCUUUAGUCAGCGAUCACAUCUUAUUAAACAUCAGAGAAUUCACACUGGUGAAAAACCUUAUGAAUGUAAGGAGUGUGGGAAAGCUUUUACUCGUGGAUCACACCUAACUCAGCAUCAGAGAAUUCAUACUGGUGAGAAAUCUCAUGAGUGUAAGGAAUGUGGAAAAGCCUUUAUUCGUGGUUCAAAUCUUGCUCAACAUCAGAAUGUUCAUGUUGGUAGGAAACCUUAUAAAUGUGAGAAAUGUGGGAAAGCCUAUAUUUGGAGCUCACACCUUGCUCGACAUCAGCGAAUUCAUACUGGCAGGAAACCUUAUGAAUGUAAGCAAUGCGGGAAGACUUUUACUUGGGCUUCGUAUCUUGCUCAACAUGAGAAAAUUCACAAUAAGAGGAAAUCCUAUGAAUGUAAGGAAUGUGGAAAGACCUUUCUUCAUGGCUCAGAGUUUAAUCGACAUCAGAAAAUUCAUACUGGUGAGAGAAACUAUGAAUGUAAGGAAUGUGGAAAGACCUUUUUUCGUGGUUCAGAACUUAAUCGACAUCAGAAAAUUCAUACUGGGAAGAGGCCAUAUGAAUGUGAAGAAUGUGGAAAAGCCUUUCUCUGGGGUUCACAACUUACUCGACAUCAGAGAAUGCAUACUGGUGAGGAACCUUAUGUAUGUAAAGAAUGUGGGAAAUCUUUUAUCUGGGGUUCACAGCUUACACGACAUAAGAAAAUUCAUACUGAUGCAGAACCUUAUGGAUGCAAGAAAAGUAGCCACAUCUUUAGUCACCAUUCAUAUUUUACUGAACAAAAAAUUCAUAAUAGUGCAAAUCUCUGUGAAUGGACAGACUAUGGGAACACCUUUAGUCAUGAGUCAAACUUUGCUCAACACCAGAAUAUUUACACUUUUGAGAAAUCCUAUGAAUUUAAAGAUUUUGAGAAAGCAUUUUCUUCAAGCUCUCACUUCAUUUCACUCUUGUGAAAUAUUAUAUAAAAGUGUAGAAAGGGCUUUAUUCAUGACUCAUUAAUUGAUGUCAUUUAUUUUUUUCUCUUGAGGAACACCACAAAUGUAAGUAAUAUUGGAAGGCAUUUUAACAGGGCACACAUCCAGCAGCAGCAGCAGCAGCAGCAGAGAAUUCAUCAUGCAAUCAAUAUAGGAAAGAAAUUACUGAUCAGUUAUCAAUUGCAGAAUAUCAGGGUAAAAUUUUAUGAGAUGAUAGCAUGAAUUCUUUUUGAAUCAUUCUCAAAACAUUCUCAUCAGAGAUGUUGCAUAAAGAAUUUAUAUAUAAUUUGGCCAAGCACGGUGGCUCACACCUGUAAUCCUAGCAAUUUGGGAAACAGAGGUGGGUGGAUCACUUGAGGUCAGGGGUUCGAGACCAGCCUGACCAACAUGGUGAAACCCUGUCUCUACUAAAUAUACAAAAAUUAGCCGGGCGUGGUAGCAUACGCCUGUAGUCCCAGCUACUCGGGAGGCCGAGGCAUGAGAAUUCCUUGAACCCGGGAGGUGGAAGUUGCAGUGAGCCAAGAUCACAUCACUGCACUCCAGCCUGGGUGAUAGAACAAGACUCCAUCUCAAAAACAAAAACCCACAAGAAUUUAUAUAUAAUUCAUUUUGGAAAUCUUUCAUCAUUAGCAAAAUUCUGUUGUAUUUCCACAAAAAUCAUGUAAUUAAUCUAGAAAAGCCUUGAACUAUGUCAUACAAUUUAUUUGGCAUGUCUUGUUUCAAUACAUCCUGCUCUAUUUUUUUUUUUGGAAAGUAUCUUAAAUCUAUGUCUGUUUAAUUGUAUUCAUUAGAUUGUAAGGGUUGAAUUAUUUGAGAUUUACAUGACUUAGUGACUGUCAUUUGUAUUGGUAUUAAGCCAUUUUAUGAGAGGAGGACUUUUAAGACUAUAAUGAUUAUAGACAAAUAUGUCAUCUCUUUUUAUGUCUUAUUGAACAUCAGAAUGUUAAUUCUGAAAAAAAAUCAGUAAAAUACAAUGAAGAAA